AUGCGAACUACUGCCCAUGUGAUCAACAAGUUUCCCCAAUCAAAGCUCGGAUUCAUCUUACCAUUUGAGAUACUAAGGGACAUGAAACCUACAGUUAGUUACUUCGGAGUAUUUGGUUGUGUUUGCUAUGUAUUUGUGCCUGACCAUCUAGGUAGCAAGUUUGACAAGAAAGCAGUCAAGUGUAUAUUUGUUGGAUACGAAAAUCAAAGGAAAGGAUGGAAGUGCUGUGAUAUAACACGUGGAAAAUACGAUACAUCAAGAGAUGUAGUUUUCGAUGAAGCAUUUUCAUGGUGGUCCUCGGAGAAGCAAUGGAACUUCAGAGGUGUGAUAUCCUUUAUAUAUGGAGUCGUGGCUGAGAACAAGAAGCCUGCAUCUAGAACUCCCAUCCCAGGCAAAGGCACUGUUAUCUGUCAGUAUCCAGCGGACCCAACUGUGGCCUUGGGAUAUCUCUCCGUUGGGUUUCUUCUUGCUUCUUCAAUUGCAGGAUACCUCUCUUUGUUCUAUCCUUACCAAGGAAAACCCGUUCCUCGAGGUUCCAUGUUUAAGAGCAGCACUUCCUCUAUCUUCUUCAACAUUGCCCUGUUCACAACUGGGUUGACUAUAACUUUGCUCGUUUGGCCUACAAUCACCGAGAAAAUUCACUUGACUCGCAAUGUUCAUCAGAAUCUCGAGACAGCAUGCCCGACUGCUAAGACUGGUCUUCUGGGUGGUGGUGCAUUUCUAUCCCUGGAUUCUUCCCUCUUCUGGUUGGUUGCCCUGAUGUGGGCUGGAAAUGCUCGAGAGGACUACUUUGAUGAAAUAGAGGAAAACGGAGACAGUGUUGAGGCUCUUAAGAACAGUGCAUGA